UUAAAUUUAAAAGAAAAUACGGAUCAGGAAUAAAAAAAAACUGUAAAGAAAGCUAGAUUUUAACCAUAGCUGAAUAAAGAUUUAAACCGGCUGGAAAUCUUCACAACCUUCUUCUAUGUUCCCCUCUCUGGGAAGGUGUGUCCUGUUACUAUGGAGACGUAUCACCGGGCAACGCGUCCAUAGUGAGUCUUGUGACUCGUGAAGCGUGAUUUGGGAAAAAGCGUGUCCCGGAAGAAAUAGGUAGCUAGCAUUGUAGCAUCCAGAAUUGUCUACUUUCUGUUGCCUUUUUUAUAAAUAAACAAACGUUUUAAACCACGGGAGAUAAAACAGCUUGUCUCGGGACUAAAGCUGCCGAUACUCGCUUCAACAACUCCGCUUCUGGUGAUUAGAGAGAGGAUUCGUCUAAGAAGCUUUUUUUUUUAAAUCCUUUGGCACAAUCGCCUUACUACCCUGCACAGACGUCUUCAUCAGUAGUGUUUGUGACUGUUCAGGCAACAUCAUGCCUGAAGACAACAACUGUAAGCUGAUGCAGACAUCCAGGAGCUCUGACAAUAAAAAGAAGAAGAAGAAGAAGAAGAAGAGAAAGACAGCCAAUGCCUCCACUACUCCUCCAUGUAAUACAGACAAACCUCAGGUUGUAUCUUUGCCCCCUGAGACCUCGCCAGUGUCCCUGUUGCCCCCACUGAGUCCAGGUCAGCCUCGAGCCCAGUUGCCAAUGCUCAGAGCUACCAGUAAGAAGGACGAAGAUCUGCUCACUGGCAGCGCCAGAAAGAGGAAAAAACACCCCAAGGGUUCCCCUGUCCUUCUUACAGCUACUAACAAAACCAGUGGCAGUGGAGAGCUCGACACCCAGGCAAGGGAGAGCCUGAGGUGGGAGGGACUGCUGGACGACCCCCAGGCUGAGGAGAAGAGGAUGGAGCUGUACAGGGCGAACAGGCGGCAGCGUUACAUUGCACACAGAGACUCCCUGUUAAAAGAACCCCAGGGUGCCUUGAGACCGACUUUUCCUCAAGGAGAGCAAAGAGAAAAAGGCUUUGACUGAAAAUGACCCAUAGGAGUCAGUACUGCAUUUGAGCACAGACUGAAUUAAAGAAGCAGGGGUGAGCCUUCUCAGUGAUUGGUUCAUCUCACUGAGGCAUAGAGUGAAGGUCUAUGGGUACCGUUAAGAUGUUGGACUAAAGAGAAACUGAGCAUGUUGCCAAUUCAAUAUGCUAUAAAGCACCAGUCAGAAACACUUUCUGUCAG